AUGGAUGCGUCGCGGGACUUCUUCGGGAAGCUGCGCGCCUUGGCGCUCACGCUGGAGAAGGAAGCGAGGCAGCUGGAGCAGGCCCUGAACAGAGAGGACACAGACUAUGAAGAAGAGUCUCCAAUACGAGUCCUACAUGACCUGCAUUGUGACCUGCAGGCUCUCAAGAGAGAUGUUAACGCCAGGUUGGAAAAGAGCUGCUCUGAGAGGCAAGAAAUUCAUGACUUUAUGAAGGCAAGUAAAAUAUUAAUGCAAAGAAAUGCAGCAGAUCUUGGGAAAAUAAGAGAGCUGUUCCAGAAAUAUGGCUGUAAGCCACCUGUCUUCACAGAUGAGGAAGAGGAAAAUAACUGUCAAUCAAAGGUGCCUGUCCAGAAUAAAUCUGAUCAAGAGAAAAUAGAUGAUGAUCCUCAUCUUCCUGCUUGCAUGGAGAAGCCACCAGUUCCCAAAGACCCUCUGAGCAACCCCCAACUUUCUGAUUUUGGGCUUUCACAAUAUGCCUUCUCCAGGACUUGGAGUACAAUGAAUGAACAACACGCAACAGAUAUACAUCAAGAAUAUCCAAAAACCAGGACUCCGUUAAAAACACAGACCCCGUCUAUGUUGCCCAAAACACCUAAGUGUAUGCUAAGGAUGGAUGACUAUGAGUGUGUAACACCAAAACUUGAACACUUUGGCAUUAGUGAGCAUACUAUGUGUAUGAAUGAAGACUAUACAAUGGCACUCAUCCAUAAAACUACUGAGACAAGCAAAAACUUGCCUAAGGAAGAUCCUCAUGAAGGAAGUUUAGCAGAAAUGUCACCCAAGAAAAUCAUGGUUACUCCUGGACCAAAAACAAACAAGAUGGAUGGGAAUGCAGCUGAUUAUAUGGCUUCCCCUGCGAUACCUGUGUUCUGCACACUGGGUGUGAAAAUCCCUUCCAGAUCUGAUGGCUGGGCAUUGCCAAAAACAGCAGAGACAAAUGAAAUAAGUCUUCCUAGUCAUACAGGAACACCAGUACUUCCAGAUUUUGAAACAAGAUGGCUAAAAGUAGAAGCUAAGGUAGGGGAAAAGCCUGAACUGGUGGCAGAAAAUGAUGCAACAAGUAAGCUAUACAUAGAAGAAGCCAUUCCGUCUGCUGUAAGCUCUGACGAAUAUCUUAAACAUUUUGAAGACCCUUCUCCUCCCAAAAUAAAGGAUUACGAACAUUUAAUUAAUACUCCUCCAGUGCCAGAAAUAACAAGAAUACCAGAUGAUGUUCUACAGCUUCUAUCAAAGUAUAAUCAAAAAGCAGGCUCUCCUAAAGCCAAGAAGAUGGAGACCAAAGCAGGAAACACUACAAGAUAUGAAAGUGAUUUCACAAAUUAUUGCAACAAAGAGAACAG